AUGCAGACUGCAACAGGGAAUCCAGCAGACAUCAAACUUAAGCUUCCCACCAUGCCAUUCACUGCCCGACUCACAGUGAAAAUCGGCACACCCGAAGAGACACAAAACUGCGAGAAGGCGGCGGAGAAACAGGCAGGCACCUUACCCGUGCAGGGUGACAAAGAGAAGAACACUGUAGAACCUAAACACUCUAAAGCCAGCAAUGAUAUCAGAGGAAGAGGGUCUACCUAG